CAACCCCAAUUGGUCGAAAGUAGCGCGCCAUAGGUCACGUGUGUCUCUUUUCGCGCGAAACGGCAGCACCCUGUUGUCGGGACCAGAGCGUGCUGAGUGUUGUGUUUGUGUGUGUCUCCGUUUUUCGAACAUUUUUAUUCCUGUUUGACGGCGUUUUAAGCAUGGACGUUGCCACAGCAACCGCGGAGAAUGCCGGGGAGAUGGUGAAAGACGAGUUGGCUGAGAAAUGCCAGAAGUUAUUCCAGGCUUUCUUGGAGGAGUUCCAGACCGCGGAUGGGGAGGUGAAGUAUGUCCGCGAGGCGGAGGAGCUGAUCAGGCCCGAGAGGAACACCCUGGUGGUGAGCUUCACGGACCUGGAGGGCUUCAACCAGGAGCUGGCUACCACCGUGCAGGAGGAGUACUACAGAGUCUACCCCUUCCUCUGUCGGGCAGUGCGCAACUUUGCUCGGGAUCACGGGAACGUUCCUCUCAACAAAGAGUUCUACGUGGCUCUGGAGGAGCUGCCUACCAGACACAAGAUUCGUGAGCUGUCAUCCAUGCGUAUUGGCACCCUGGUGAGGAUCAGUGGCCAGGUGGUGCGGACGCACCCAGUACAUCCAGAGCUGGUGAGUGGCACCUUUCUCUGCAUGGACUGCCAGGCGAUGAUCAAAGAUGUCCCUCAGCAGUUCAAGUACUCUCCACCAACCAUCUGCAGGAACCCCGUCUGCAACAACCGCUUCCGCUUCCACCUCGACACACACAAAUCCAAGUUCAUCGACUUCCAGAAGGUGCGUAUCCAGGAGACUCAGGCGGAGCUGCCUCGUGGUUCUAUCCCGCGCUCCCUGGAGGUGGUCCUGAGGGCCGAGGCCGUGGAGAUGGCUCAGGCCGGAGACCGCUGUGACUUCACCGGGACCCUCAUUGUGGUGCCGGACGUCUCUCAGCUCACCACCCCCGGUGUGCGAGCAGAGACCAGUACUCGCGUCGCCGGAGGCCCCCCGGGCUUUGAGGCUGAUGGUUUGAAAGGGCUGAAAGCUCUGGGGGUCAGAGAGCUUUCCUACAGACUGGCCUUCCUGGCCUGCAACGUGGCCCCGACCAACCCACGAUUUGGCGGAAAGGAGCUGCGGGACGAGGAGCAGACGGCGGAGAGCAUCAAGAGCCAGAUGACGGAGAAGGAGUGGGAGAAAGUGUUCGAGAUGAGCCAAGACAAGAACUUGUACCACAACCUGUGCACCAGCCUCUUCCCCACCAUCCACGGCAACGACGAGGUGAAGCGCGGCAUCCUGCUGAUGCUGUUCGGAGGCGUUCCCAAGACGACCAUGGAGGGAACCUCGCUGAGGGGAGAUGUCAACGUCUGCAUCGUCGGGGACCCCAGUACCGCCAAGAGCCAGUUCCUCAAGCACGUGGAGGAGUUCAGUCCCAGAGCGGUGUACACCAGCGGCAAGGCCAGCACCGCCGCAGGUCUAACGGCGGCCGUGGUCCGAGACGAGGAGUCCGGGGAGUUUGUCAUCGAGGCCGGCGCUCUGAUGCUGGCCGACAACGGCGUGUGCUGCAUCGACGAGUUUGACAAGAUGGACCUCAAGGACCAGGUGGCCAUCCAUGAAGCCAUGGAACAGCAGACCAUCAGCAUCACCAAGGCUGGAGUGAAGGCCACCCUGAAUGCUCGCACCUCCAUCCUGGCUGCAGCCAACCCCGUCGGAGGGCGCUACGACCGUGGAAAGAGUCUGAAGCAGAACGUUAACCUGACCGCCCCCAUCAUGAGCCGCUUCGACCUCUUCUUCAUCCUGGUGGACGACUGCAAUGAGGUGACGGACUACGCCAUCGCCAGACGCAUCGUGGACCUGCACUGUCGCGGGGAGGAGUCCGUGGACCGACUGUACUCGCUGGACGAGAUCCGCAGAUACCUGCUCUUCGCUCGGCAGUUCAAACCUAAGAUCUCCAGCGAAUCCGAAGAGUUCAUCGUGGAGCAGUACAAGCGGCUCCGCCAGCGCGACGGCUCUGGAGGUGUGACCAAGUCCGCCUGGAGAAUAACGGUGCGACAGCUGGAGAGCAUGAUCCGCCUGUCGGAGGGCAUGGCGCGCAUGCACUGCUGUGACGAGGUUCAGCCCAAACAUGUGAAGGAAGCCUUCCGUCUUCUCAACAAAUCCAUCAUCAGAGUGGAGACGCCGGACAUCAAUCUGGAGCAGGACGACGAAGUGGAGGAGGAAGAGGAGGAGGCGCCGCAGCAGGAGGAUGGAAUCGCUGUGCCCAUCGGAGUGGACGGUCCUGGCGGGCACGCCAACGGCAUUAACGGACACGCCAACGGGGUGAGCGGACCCGCAGAGCCCAAACCGACUCUUCGGCUCUCCUUCCCUGAGUAUAGACGCAUCUCUAACCUGCUGGUGCUGCAUUUGCGCCACGCCGAGGAAGCCGAGGAAGAGGAGGAGCUGAAGAAAAGCGCGGUGGUCAACUGGUAUCUGAAGGAGAUUGAGUCGGAGAUCAACUCUGAGGAGGAGCUCGUCAGUAAGAAGGGUCUAAUAGAGAAGGUCCUCCACAGGCUGGUGCACUAUGAUCACAUCCUCAUCGAGCUGUCUCCGGCAGGGCUGAAGGGCUCCGAACCCGCAACCACAGAAGAAGUAGUUCUUGUUGUCAACCCUAACUACAUGCUGGAAGAUUAAACUCCUCGGAUUUCCGCCAUUGUUGAUAUUAAACCUCAACAGUGAAGUUGAUGUGUGUUUUCUGAAAGGUCACAUGUAAUGCAUCCAUAAUGUUAACAUUUAAGAUGUUAUUUGCCUUGUUUUGUACUGUACAGAAGAUUCUGGGGCUCUAAAAGAAAAGCUGUUUCUCAGUGAACUUGACUUUUGUAAAUAUCCUGCUCUCUUGUUCUUCACUGACGUGGUCUGUUCGGCUCUCAGUCGAGUGAACUGCCCUGAAUGUGUACACUUCAGUGUAUCGGAAGCAUGCAUUCAGACUUACGCACUUCCAUGGUUGCAACAUAUUGUAUGUCUUUUGUAAUAUUAUGACAUGAAGCGAAUAGAAAUGUUAAAGGUUUGAUAAAUAAAAUGUUGACAUGAA